AUGGCUAUAGUUCGUUUCAAUUUGACGCGACACUAUAAGCACUUGAUGGUAGUUGUGUUUGUCUUGUUGCUCAUUGCUAUCAACUAUAACUUUAUAUCUCGUGAUCCCACUGCCACUACAUCUCCAUCAGACAAUCACAAGCAACAUAAACAACCAAAGCAUACUGAUAAUAACAACAACAAAAACAAUCAUAAUAACAAUCAUGGUGGUAGUGACAUUGAAGACAGAAGGACUGUGAAGCUUGAUGAAGAUGUCGUACCAGACAAUCAUCGCAAGCAACCAAAGGAUACCGAUCACAACAAUCACAACAAGAACAACAACAAUAAUAACAACAAACCAGGUAUCAUACAUUACAAUGUUCUACCGACCACUGUUCACUGGAUAUGGGAUCGCGAAGAGAAGAAGGCUUGCCACUACUCCAACAAACGUGAUUACAAACAACAACCAAUGCGUUUCGGAUUCCAUGGAUGGUAUAACAACGAUGAUAAAUGUGAGAUCGCCUGUUUGAACCAGGGCGGUGACUAUCUCGAUGGUGGCAUCCACUCGUAUGGCUCAGAUUGUGAAAAGUCCGUCCACUUCACCAUGGAGAAUGUACCAUAUAGCAGAGAUACCUAUGACAUCAUUGCUGGUAUCUAUCUCGACACCGAUGUCCCUCUGCCCAUGUAUGGUUGGAAUCAGUAUACCUAUGCCGAGCCUGCCGUCCCAAAGGAUAGCAAGAGUCAAGGAUUGGUCGCAGCAUUCAUCUCAAACUGUGGCCCACAGAAACGUCUGGAUUGGCUGAAGGGCUUGACAAAGGCUGGUGCAAUCGUCGAUUCUUAUGGUCGUUGUGAGAACAACAAGGCAAUGCCAAGUAGAAACGACCUACCAGGCGAUUACAAUGGACAGAAGCUUGGCAUUGGCAGGACCUACAAGUUCAUCAUGGCCUUUGAGAACUCAUUCACUGAUGACUACGUCACUGAGAAACUAUUUGGUGUUCUUGCCGUCGGUUCAGUACCAAUCUAUGAUGGUGCACCAAAUGCCUUGAAGUUUGCACCAAACAAUCAUUCAGUGAUCUUUGCCCAUGAUUACAGCUCGCCAGAGGAGUUGGCAAAGUAUCUAAAGUAUCUGGAUAACAAUGACGAGGAGUACGAGAAGUAUUUGACGUGGAAGAAAACUGGUCCGACCAAGGACUGGACGGCCAUGGUCGACAUUGCUCGCAUCGGCGCCGAGUGUCGCGUCUGCUACAGAAUGGCGGACCUGCACAGGAAGGAGGUGGGCAUGGUAUUUGGCGACGCCCAGCAUCGCAAGAAGUACAUCAAGGUGCCAGAGGACUGGUCCUCUGACAAGGGAAUCGUCGUCUACGUCAGACACCGCGGCACCUUCUGGUUCUACUCGCUGGCCAUCCCCUAUGGCAUCACGCAGGACGACUUCAAGCUGCUGAUCGAGAUGAACAUCCCACACAAGGGAGAGUUCUACGAGGCCUACGAGCACUGGACCCGCAAGACCAUCCUCUCAGACAAGAUCUCUGGUACAUUUGAGCUUCACCAAGAGAUGGAGAUUGAAGUUGUAUUCGUAGACAUGGACUUUUACUUCACCAAUACUCCUGCGCCAAGACAUCGUCAAUCU